AUGAGUGUCAGAGUUGUGGCACGUGUAAGGCCACUCUUGAAAUCCGAGCGUGAGCAAGAUGUAAUUCUUCGCACUGGUCCGUUAAACAACACUCUACCGUCCGUUGCCGAAAAGAAGAGCUCUCAGGGCGACCGGGAAAGCCUUGUGAGGAUACCGAACCCGAAGAAUGAGAAUGAAGAAUAUUCGUUCCAGUUCAACGCUGUCUAUGAUGCGGACGCAUCGCAGCAAGAUCUGUUCAAUACAGAAGUUGCUCCUACGGUCAAACAUCUCUUCAACGGUCUUGAUGUCACAAUAUUUGCAUACGGAGUCACAGGAACGGGGAAAACACACACCAUGCGAGGCGGUAAAAGUCUGGCUGAAAGAGGUGUUAUUCCCCGUCUGUUGAGUAGCAUCUAUAGGCGCAGCCGGAAGAUGGAGAAGGACAGUGAGGGGGAAACGACGGUCAAGGUUUCCCUGAGUUAUCAUGAGAUCUAUAAUGACAAGGUCUUCGAUCUAUUCGAACCCCCGGAGAAAAGGACCCUAGCGGGGCUGCCUCUUCGGGAUAAUGGCGGGAAGACUGUAGUUGUAGGCCUGACGGAGAAGCCAUGCACCACCCUUAAGGAGUUUGAGACAUUGUAUGACCACGCAAACGUGAACAGAUCUACAUCAGCAACCAAGCUUAACGCUCACUCAUCCCGGUCCCACGCCAUUCUUUGUGUGAAGGUCACGAUCAGUUCUGGCGAUAAGACACGCAUAAGCACAGCAUCUGCCAUUGACCUGGCUGGGUCAGAAGAUAAUCGCAGAACAGAAAACGACAAAGAGCGUAUGGUCGAAUCAGCCAGCAUCAACAAAAGCCUUUUUGUCCUUGCACAAUGCGUCGAAGCAAUCAGCAAGAAACAUCAGCGAAUCCCUUACCGCGAGUCAAAGAUGACUAGAAUCCUAUCGUUGGGCCAAAAUAAUGGAUUGACGGUCAUGAUCCUGAACCUUGCGCCUAUCAAGUCCUAUCAUUUGGACACAAUCAGUUCUCUGAAUUUUGCGAACCGCACAAAGAAAAUCGAAGUCCGCGAGGUGGAGAACGAGCCUAUCUUCAGAGGUCCACCGAGACCUACAGCAAGGCCUUCAGUGACUGGUGUCCCACGACAGCCCCUUCGGCCAUUAACAGCUUCCGUGAAUGUGAAUUUGGCAGCAGCAGCUAAUAAGGAUGCAUCCAAACCCGGUGAUGGCAAGCCGGCCAAAGCAUUCCACGUAUACUCGGACAAGACGAAUCCCAGAAAUUCGGCUCAAUUCAAGAAGAUUGAAGGGCCGAAGAGAUCUUCUUUGAGCUCCGAUCUUCCCACUACAAAUUCCAUUCGAGCUGCGAAGACUACCCGCCCCCUGCAGCCAUCUAGGAGACAAGAAGAUAUAUCUCCAGCUAUGAUUGAGGAGAUGGUGGAAAAGAAAGUCGAGGAGAUUCUUGCUGCAAGGGCUGUUAGUGAGCAAUCACGGCAAACGCAGGCUCGCGAAUUGAAUGAACAGUUACAGCGGCGUUUGGAGAUUUUGGAGCAGCGCAUCGAGGGAACUGACGACGCAAGAGCCGAAGGGCUGUCAUAUCUGCUCUUGGGCAAGCAGCAUCAGGCUCGAGGAGAGGACUCCGCUGCUCUGAAGAUGUAUCAACUGGCACUCCCUUUCUUCCCCAACAACGAAAAGCUUGCAAGCAAGAUUGCCACUCUGAAAGAGCGCAUCCAGAGCAAGACCCUGAAGCAAGACAAAGCCGAGCUCACCGGUCAUGUGCUUCCGGUGUCUGAAAAGGGACUUGGAAGCAUUCUGUCGAUAAGAAAACAUCCCGCGAGAGCAGGAACCAAGCGCCAAGCUGAGGACUCCGAUGAAGAUUAUGAUGUAACGGAAGAGAGCUACGAACAAUUCAGCGAUGACUAUCUCCCUGGCAGCUACCGGUCAACACGUCUCAAGCGUACCAGAACCAGGUGCAAGUGA